AUGCGCCCAUGGCGCUCCCCGCGCAUCACAGCUCCGGUGAACGCUCCGCACCUCCCCGCCUCGGGUGCAGCGCACCGCCGGCAGCGCUUGGCAGGCCGAGGCACGGCCGUCGCCGUCGCCGUCACGGCCCUCGGCUCCGCGGCGGCGCGCCGCACGCCGCGCGCCGCGCGGCGGUCGCCGGGGACGGAGCCCAGGGGCGAAGCGAGGUCGAGCGAUGUGACGCUGGAGGUGGUCGAGGUCUUCGGCUGCGGCCUCGGCACCUUGUCCUUAAAAGACUUGGAGCCGGGCGAGCUGGUCCUCGCGGAGCGGCCCGUGCUUCGCUUCGACGCCUCCGACGCCGCGCUGCGGCGCGCCGAGCGGCGCUUGGCCCAGCUGCCGCGCGCGCAGCGGGACGCAGUGCUAGAGCUCGAGGACUCGGUGUCCUUUGGACCGAAGACCUUUCGGGGCAUCCUCGAGACGAACGGCAUGGACUGUGAAGGCCCGGUCUCCUCGGAGAGUGAUCCUAAAGCGCUCUUUCUGCGACUCAGUCGCCUCAACCAUUCGUGCAAUGCGAAUUGCGACUACAGCUGGCGUCAAGACAUCAUGGAAAUCUAUGCGCAGAGGAAGAUCAUCGCUGGAGAAGAGCUUUGCAUUCCAUACAUCGACUUGAGGGAGCCGAGACAAGUGCGGCGACAGAUGCUCAAGGAGAACUGGUGCUUCCGCUGCGAGUGCGAGGUCUGCAGCGCCUGGACCGUCGCCAGUGACGCGCGCCGCGUGCGCCUGGGGGAGCUGAGCGCCAUGAUGUACCGCGCCCGCGCGCCCGAGCGCUUGGUGCGGAUCGCGCGGAAGCUCUUGCGGCUCUACAAGGAAGAAUGCAUCAACGCGCAGAGCUACCGGAAGGAGGCCUGCAAGUUCGGCUACGAGGCCUCACUCAGGCUCGAGGACGUGGACUUGGCACCACGCUUCGCACGCCUGGGCCUGCAGAGCAGUCUGAUUUGUCAUGGCCCUGCUCAUGAAGAAACCCAGGAGUGGUUGGAAAUUUCCUCCCUUUGGAGCUGACGUCAGACCACGGGAAGCGCGCCCAAAAAAGUGGCGCGGCCGGACUGUACAAAAGAUCCGGCCCCAAAGGAUGUGGGAGGAGGGAUUUGUUGAGCUCUCAGAGCAGAGGAAACGGUAUAUAUUGAAGGGACCAUCGCUAUUAGGUUAGAGGCCACCGUUGGUUUGUGGCACCUGAACUUGGAAGUCGGGUUCCCCAUCCACUCCUUGGUGACUCAGAGCUCGAAGGAAGUCGUGUUGCUUCGCGACCCGAACUUCUGGAGACCUGGAUGGUCGAAGGGGUCGAAGGGGUCGAAGGCUUGUUAGCCAUGUUUGAACCGUUGGAAAGAGGAGAG